AUGAAGGUUUGUCCAUACAGCUACUGUUCAUUGCACGGCCAUCACCAUUCCAAUAAUGAGCAAGCGCCUUCACUGAAACGGUUUGUAUCAAUGAGAAGGCGAAUGUUGAAACCCCAGACGAAGAUUGAUAAUCCAUCUGAGAAAGACAAGAAAAACCAAGGGGAUCAAACCAAAACGGGGGAUGUCGUUUCUGAAAGUUGUGAACUUGUACAGGCAGCUAAUGGCGGCAGACAAAAUUCUUGCGUCAAAUUAGAAGGUGGGCCAUUAGAGGCCGAUAUCUCCAAUCUCUGUGAAGAAGGACAGAAUCCAGAAAUGGAAGAUCACCAUUCUGCAGAUCAUAAGCCUGAUGGUGGCCAUCUUUCGUCUGAAAGCUCUAUGGAGAAGAAUAAUUACAUGGGAUUAUGGGGCUUGAUCUAUCAGCAUAUGGUAUCCGGAACUGCUGUGACAGAUGGUGAUGAAUCUCAGCAGCCUGAGAAAAUUGGGGAGCAAGAUGUUGAGGAAUCUUCUGGAAUGGAUCAAAGAGCUGAUGCAGAAGUUGAUUCCCACCAGCAUGAUGCAAUCAAGUUGGUUCAGGAAGCAUUUGACAACAUCCUGUUGGAGAUUCCGGACCCUUUAUCUGAUAACCAAUCUGUGGGUUCUGUAGACACAGCUUCUGAUGAGCUUGGAGACAACAAGAACAACAACACCAGUUCUCCAACGGAACAGGUUCAACAAGAGCAAAUGAAGCUGGAAGAUCGAGAUAAAGCAGAAGCACAGGUAGGAAACAAAUCUGGUAAGAAAAGGCUCAAUGGUUGGAGCAAUCUGAAAAAGAUUAUGUUAAUGAAAAGAUUUGUCAAGGCAAUGGAGAAGGUCAAAAACUACAACAACACACACAAGCCUCGAGGUCAGUCUAUAGAGCAAGAGGGGGAAGCAGCAGAAAUGGUUAAUCUACGUCGUCAAUCGAUUGGACAGAAGAACUCGGAGGAAUGGAUGCUUGAUUAUGCUAUUCAGAAGGUCAUUUCAACAAUGGCUCCAGCUCAGAAAAGGAAAGUGGCUCUUAUUGUACAAGCAUUUGAAACAGUAGCACCUCAGGGAGAAACUGGCAGUCAUGCAGCUUCUUCUACUCCGAGGACUCCAGUUCAUGUCCAUGAACAGGAGGAAGAGAACGCAAGAUUUGGCAUCCUACUGCGCAAGGUAUCUACUGGUUCCAAAGAGAAUCACGAUCAAGAUGGUGGUGCCUGCACAGUAAAACAGCAAAUCCAUGUGCCUUGUCCUGAACCAGAAGUCGAUGAACUAGCUUCGGAAAGUGAACCAGAUGAACCAGGAUACCAAAUUGCAAAUAGUACCCAUCAGGAGGAACCGAUUCUAGACAACAGUUUUGCUAAUGAUGCAUCUGAAGAAAUCACAAACGGAAAUGAGAACAUUCAACUAACCACUGCAGCUGAAAGCCCUGAGGGGAAGCAGCAACAUAUGAAGCUUUGGUAUCUGAUAUACAACCACAUGGUUUCAGAAACAACACAGCCGCUUGAAGAAAAUGGUGAAGAAGAAGAAGACACACCCAGUGGAAGGAAUGAGUCUCGUUCUCAGCUCGAAGCCAUAAGGCUUGUGGAAGAGGCUAUCGACGAAAUCCCUCUUCCAGAGACUCGAGACGAAGUACAAACCUCGAUGAUUUCCCAUGUAGAAGAAGCUUCAACUGGCUGCAACAAAGGGAGACUUGAAGAAGAACCCAAUAGCUCAAUAACAGAAGUGAGACCAAGUUGCAAAGAAGAUGGAAAAGAAAAGGAACAGGCAAAGCCAACAUUAAGGAAGAGCUGGAGCAAUCUGAAGAAGGUGCUAUUGCUCAAGAGAUUCAUCAAGUCAUUGGAGAAAGUGAAUGACAGCCGCUUGACUUCCUCGGAAAGAAAGGUCAUUAGUCCAAGGGAACCACAGUUUCUGGCUAUGGAGCAUGAAAAAGAGGCAGAGAAGAUCCAGCUGAGGCACCAGAAUGUAGGAGGUAGGAAAAGUGGUGACGAAUGGAUGCUUGAUUAUGCUCUUCGACAGGUCGUAGCACAACUGACACCGGUAAGGAGAAGGAAAGUUGAGCUGCUGGUCGAGGCUUUUGAGACUGUCACUCCUAUUGGCAGCUGA